AUGAGCUUUGUAACAAAUCAAAGAUAUGCAAUGCCAUUAAAAAAAAAAAACUUUGUCCAUAUAUCAGCAAAUUCACAAAUCAAUAACUCUGUUCCUCAUCACAAAUUUAACACUUUAAAAGAAAUACACGAGCUUAUCUGGCAACAAAUUCAUGCUCUGCAAGAAGAAGGCGAUUGUGAAGAAAAAAAAAUAUUGUUAUGCAGGAAUGUUGAAAAUUAUGCCGGUUUUGGCUCCAAUGUACACAGAUACGGAGUUUGCAUGCAAGUAGCAUAUGGUUUAGGAAGAAUUUUUUUCAUCCACCAAGAACAGUAUAGCCACUUUGAUGGGAUCUUCCAAUGGGUUCAACCAGAAUCAUUGAAAUGCGGUUAUUUGAAACAAAAAAUCCUUUUAAAUAAAUCAAAUUCUUGUAACGCUCAAGAUCCCUCAUGUUACCAUAACAAUGGUUAUGAUUUAAACAACAAUCAUAAAGUUAUUGAAUUUAACACAUUAGCAAAAAGCGUACCUUAUCCAAGGCACAUACCUGGAACGCUACCUGAAAAACUAAAAAAAUAUUUGUUAUCUCUUGGUGUUAAAAGUCCAUGGCAUUGGUUUACAUCGCAGUUUCUUGCACACCUUUUGUUAAGACCAAACUUGACUUUUAACAAAACUUUAUCUACUUUAAAAAAAAAAAUCAACUUUACUGCACCAAUUGUUGGUUUUCAUAUUCGUCACGGGGAUAAGUUAACUAGUCGUGAGGCAUAUUAUAUCAAUGAAAGUGAAUUUGUAAAAGUUGCAAGAGAAUAUUUUUAUGAAAACAACAUCACUUACAAACGCAUUUAUAUUGCAACAGAUGAUAUCCCAGCAAUCGACGUGGUUAAAAAAUUUGCUCCAGAAUUUCAAACAACAUGUUUACCUCAAAAUUAUUUGUUAAAUGGUUUAGGGUCUUAUUUUCAAAAAAAUUUUUCAAAAGAAAUAAUAGAAAGUACUUUAGUAGAUUUGUACUUACUCACUAACACCGAAUACCAUGUAUGCGACAUAUCAUCUAAUUUAUGCAGAUUAGUUCACGCACUAAAGCAAGGGAGCCCUCCAUUUAAGCAAGAUAGCAUAUUUAAAUCAGUGAAUAAAGAAAUUCAAUUUUACUACCAGUGGUGGGGGUUUAUAUACCCGUCUUCAUUGUGGAUUAGUACCAAAAAGAAUACAGAGUCAGAGUAUAAAAGUAAAGAUGGCAAGAUUUUUAAAUUAUUAAGAUACGGAAUUGAUUUGUUUAGAAAAUUAGAAAUGAAUGAACAAUCAUCUUCUGAUUUUGUGUAUGCUCAAAAACUUACCAACGUAACAAGUGAACGGACGGGAAUAUGUAAAUAA